AGUUUUUCCCCGACUAGUUUCUCUCUACCACUGCCAGUAUUUGUACUGUUCGCUAUGCGUUUCUCCCUCACUGUCUUUUCUGCUUUGUUCGUCACGGCAUGGGGUUCUAUGCUCCUGGGUCGUCAAACCUCUUUGCCUGAUUGCGCUCUCCCUUGCAUUACCAAUGUUGACUACGGUAGCUGCUCCCCGUCCGACAACGCCUGUCUGUGCAAGAGCGAGACGUACGUCAAUACUACCACGACGUGUAUCGAGAGCAGUUGUACCGGCAGCGACCUCACCACUGCUAUCGCAACCGCGCAAGCCCUUUGCGCUGAAGUUGGAGUAACCUUCAGUUCGACAAGUCUUCCUACCGGAUCUGCUACCCGCUCUGGCUCUGGUUCAAGUGGUUCUGUGGCGGCUUCGACCACUGCUUCGAGGAGUGCUGAGGCUUCAUCUACUUCAGCGGCGAGUAGCCAGACCGGUGGGGCACUGGGCCUAAAUAGCGCUCAAGCACUGGUCGGUAUCGCCGGCGCUGGCGUUCUGGCUCUUCUCUUUUAAGGAGAUGCAUUGAGGAGUUUUUAACAUUAUGGGGUUACAAAAUUAAGACUGGCUGCUUCCAUUAUAUCUAAGACCCUCGCUUUCGUCUUGCAUUCUGUAUCCAGUUAAUGUAUCUAUCUAUUGCUAUUAUACACUUCCCCUGCAUACGAACCAGCACA